UACGUUGAACAUUCGAAUUUUUGAAGGUUUUAUGCCGAAACGAAAGUCAGUGCCUAAUAAGAGCAUCGUCUCAAAAUGUCCCAAGUUGGAUGACACUGAUAAAAUCAAUCAUAACGAAUAUAAGUCCCUGAUCCAGUCGGCCUUUCUCCUAAAGUGUCCUCCCGAUUUUUUUGAAUUUUAUAACUUUUGUUGUUCGGUCUUCCCAGAAUCCCCAUUAGAUGCACUUCUUAAUGAUUUAAACUUGAGACUAGUGGGACCAUUUGAAGUUUUAAGUAACCCAACAAUAAUUAAACCUGAAACGGAUCUUACCUGUUGCAAUCGUCACUUCCAUGACCCUCCCGAAGUUGUAACGGUUCUAUCCGAGGAAUCUGAAACCCCCUUUCACGUUGGAUAUUUUAGGGAUGACUAUAACGAAAUUCCCGAGUUUCUGGUUUCUUCUUGUCCAUCCGAGAGUGGCAAAUUAACAUUCCUAUGUACAAACAUCUUUUCUGCCGUUAUAAACCUAUGCAAUCGAAGUCAGAAGACCAAGAAGUCGCCCUUACUCGCAAAGUUGGUGCAGUAUGCCCAGGACCACUCAAUCAGCAUCGACACGAAGAAGAGGAGCCUCAUAGACAAACGAACUCCCGUUUGCACCACGCUAAACGGUAUUGGUCUUCAAGUUGAAUUACGCAACGGUAUCGGUUAUCGACCAGUCACAUCCAGCCACAACGAAAUUACUGAGAUGCUCCAGAAUCUUAUGGAUUCCAAGAAUGAGAAAGCAAGGCUCAGGAAUCUCUCAAAGCUGGAUGAGCUAAUGACUCUGGUCCAGUUCGCCAAUGACGAGGGUGACUACGGCCAGGGCCUUGAACUCGGACUCGAUCUCCUGGCUUUCCAUCCACGAGGUCCGCUGGAGUCAGCGAAUUGCCUCAACAAGAGGAUCGCUGUUUUGCUCUCUACAGGCUACCGACUGGCAGGCCGUCCCAGGUUCUCUGACGUCAUCAAACAACACAUGGAGACCAGAUCCACCCCGAAAACUGUCAAAGACGUUACCGCAAGCUCAGGUUAA